AUGGAAGCUCCAGUCAACGGUGGGUACCUGCAACGCCCCGGUGGCUGGUGGGAGUACGUCUUCAUCUUCGUCCUCUGCUCAACCCAACUCUUCUGCCAGAUCGCGCUCGGCUAUGUCAUCAUUCCGUUGGGCCUGAUUAGCAAGACCUUCAAUCAGGAUGGCUACGAACAAGCUGCCGAGAUGAACUGGCACGCUGCAGCCUACAGCCUUACCAUAGGGUCCUUCAUCCUGGUGUCUGGCCGAAUUGGCGACAUCUACGGCUUAAAGAACGUCCUCGUGUUCGGCUGGAUAUGGUUCGCAAUGUGGUCACUCAUUGCGGGCUUCAGCGCAUUCACACAUUCGGCAAUUUUCUUCGAUGUGAGUCGGGCUUUUCAAGGCAUCGGCCCUUCGCUACUACUUCCAAAUGCGCUAGCUAUAGCUGGGCGUACGUAUGCUCCUGGGUUGAGGAAGAGUGUCAUCUUCUCCCUCAUCGCUAUGUGCGCGCCGUUAGGUGGCAUCAUCGGCGGGCUGGCGGGAUCGGCACUCGCGCAAUAUGUUUGGUGGCCGUGGAUUACGUGGAUAUCCGGAAUCGGAUGCUUUAUCGUCGCUGGCACUGCGUACUGGGUGGUGCCCCAGGAUCAUAUCAAUGGUUCGUCUAGAAAGAUCACUUUCGAUUGCCUCGGAUCCUUCUUUGGAGUCGGUGGGUUACUCUUGCUCAACGUCUCUUGGAACCAAGCGCCCAUUGAUGGAUGGUCAACCCCAUAUGUCUACGUUCUUUCAAUCGUGGGCUUACUUCUUCUUGUUGCCUUCGCAUAUCAGGAGAAGAAAGCAGAACAUCCCAUCAUGGACAUUCGUAUCUUCAAUGGACGCGUGGCCGGGAUCCUGGCUACCACCGGCCUUAGUUGGACCAGCUUCGGUAUCUGGUUUUACUACAUCUUCCAGUUCCUCCAGCACAUUCGGGGCAUAUCAAGCCUCGAGUCGGCACUUCGGUUCGGACCUGGGGCCAUUUCGGGCAUGGUAGCACCUCUGUUCGUGGCCUGGUCAGUCGGCAAAGUUCCCACCCCAUGGUUGAUGGUGAUAUCAUCAUCAGCUUUCUUCUUGGGUGCGCUUCUGUUGGCAACGGCCCCAGUUGAACAGACCUAUUGGUUCAACGUGUUCUGGUCCUUCGUCAUUAUGCCAUGGGGCAUGGACAUCUCCUUCCCCGCAUCAACACUGUUCCUCAGUGACUCCGUUUCGAUCGAAAAUCAAGGUAUCUCCGCGUCCCUCGUCAACACAAUAAUCAACUAUUCGAUCGCUAUUGGGCUAGGUAUCGCGGGUACGGUUGAAUCGGAAGUGGUGAAGGGAACAUCGCGGGAAUGGAUACUUAAAGGUUAUCGAGGGGCGCAAUGGACGUCUGUAGGCCUGGCUGGCUUCGGGCUCGCAGUGGCUCUAUUAUUGGCAUUAGGGAACCGCCAGAAGAAGCCAGAGAAAUGCGAAGAAGACGUCUGUCAAAGUGAACAAUUCACCUAG